UUUCUUGAUAGUCGCCUCCCCCACAUGGAUCCAGGGAACGAUACACGGAUUUCGGAAUUUUUUCUUCUGGGUUUCUCAAAAGAACCAGAACUGCAGCCCCUGAUUUUUGGGCUUUUCCUCUCCAUGUACCUGAUCACUGUGUUUGGGAACCUGGUCAUCAUCCUGGCCACCAUCUCUGACCCCCACCUCCACACCCCCAUGUACUUCUUCCUCUCCAACCUGUCCUUUGUAGACAUCUGUUUCACCUCCACCACCAUCCCAAAGAUGCUGAUGAAUAUACAGACGGAGAACAAAGUCAUAACCUAUGAAGGCUGCAUCACCCAGAUGCAUUUUUUCAUGCUGUUUGCAGGGUUGGACGACUUCCUUCUGAUUGUGAUGGCCUAUGACCGUUUCUUGGCCAUUUGCCACCCGCUGCACUAUACGGUCAUCAUGAACCCCCAGCUCUGUGGACUGCUGGUGCUGGUGUCCUGGAUGAUGAGUGCCCUGAAUUCCUUGUUACACAGUUUAAUGGCGCUGAGACUGUCCUUCUGUACAGAAUUGGAAAUCCCCCACUUUUUCUGUGAAAUUAAUCAGGUGGUCCAACUUGCCUGUUCUGACACAUUUCUUAAUGACUUGGUGAUGUAUUUUGCAGCUGGGAUGCUGGGUAGCAUUUCCCUCACUGGGAUUUUUUACUCAUAUUCUAAGAUAGUUUCCUCUAUACAAGGAAUCUCGUCAGCUCAUGGGAAAUAUAAAGCAUUUUCCACCUGUGCAUCUCACCUCUCAGUUGUCUCCUUAUUUUACUGUACAAUGCUAGGAGUGUACCUCAGCCCUGAUUCUGCAAACAGCUCACACUCAAGUGCAACAGCCUCAAUGAUGUACACUGUGGUCACACCCAUGCUGAACCCCUUCAUCUACAGUCUGAGGAACAAAGACAUAAAGAGGGCUCUGAAAAGAAUCACUGGGAUGGCAGUUAUAUAA